UUUGUCAUUGGCUUAGGUGGCAGUUCCGUCGCAAGCUGAACCGUGUCCUGGUUGGGAGGGAGAGUGUAAUGUUGGCAACCGGAGGCAGGACGGAGGAGAGGGGCGGAGCGCCGGUAUGGACUAGUGUGAGCAGGUAUGACAGGUUCCAGCGGGAUCAAGCACAGUGAUGCCCUAUCUGCAUAACGUUGCCUAUCAUCAGUGCUAACCCACGCCUUAGGUCACCAUGAAGCUGAAGCAGCGGGUUGUGGUGCUGGCUUUGCUGCUCGUGAUUCUGGUCCUCACUAAACUUCUGUUGCUGGACAGAUUGGAGACCUCCGCUGCACAGAGGCAGGAUCAGCUUUCCUUCCAGCGGAUGAUGUCCAGCCUACAGUUGACCAUGGACUCACGGCUUGAACAUACGCUUCAGUCCCCAUGGGAAAUAGCGUCUCAGUGGGUGGUGCCAAGAGAGGUGUAUCCUGAAGAUACUCCAGAAAUGGGAGCAGUUCUGCAUGCUAUGGCUACAAAGAAGAUCAUAAAAGCUGAUGUGGGCUACAAAGGUACACAGCUCAAAGCCUUGUUAGUCCUGGAGGGAGGACAGAAGGUGGUCUUCAAACCAAAAAGAUACAGCCGGGAUCAUGUAGUAGAAGGGGAGCCCUACGCUGGAUACGACCGUCACAAUGCCGAGGUGGCUGCUUUUCAUUUAGAUAGGAUCCUCGGCUUCAGACGAGCACCUUUGGUGGUUGGUCGAUAUGUAAACCUUAUGACAGAGAUUAAACCAGUAGCCGCUGAGCAGCUGCUAAGCACAUUUCUUAAGCAGGGAAAUAACACCUGUUUCUAUGGGAAGUGUUACUACUGCCGUGAGACUGAACCUGCAUGUGCAGACAAGGAAGUGAUGGAGGGCACUGUUACACUCUGGCUCCCGGACGUGUGGCCCCUUCAGAAGCACAGACAUCCCUGGGGCAGGACGUAUCGUGAGGGCAAGCUGGCAAGAUGGGAGUACGAUGAAAGUUAUUGUGAUGCGGUAAAGAAGACACCACCUUAUGAUGCCGGUCCCCGGCUCCUCGACGUCAUAGACACAGCCAUUUUUGACUACUUAAUAGGAAAUGCAGAUCGCCAUCACUACGAGAGCUUCCAGGAUGACGAGGGCGCUAGCAUGCUUAUACUGUUGGACAAUGCUAAGAGCUUCGGUAACCCCUCGAUGGAUGAGCGCAGCAUUCUUGCACCCUUGUACCAGUGUUGCAUUGUCCGUGUCUCUACUUGGAACCGGCUUUCUCACCUGAAACACGGCACCCUACGUUCUGCUCUGCUUUCGGCCACCAGUCACGACCCGCUUUUCCCUGUCCUCGCUGACCCUCAUUUGGAAGCUCUAGAUCGGCGCCUGCAGGGUAUUCUGUCAACCGUCCAGCAGUGUUUAGACCAGUUUGGUUCAGACGUGGUGAUGGUGGAAGACCGAAUGACCCUCUCUCACGUGUAACACUAGCCCUGUUUACAAGAGACAACAUUUUUGGAAAGAACAUGGAGCUGGUGCAAAUAUUUUACAAUAUACAGCAGAGCACAGCACCCCCCCAACCCUUCCCCCCCAGAGACUACGGCCUGACACACUGGAGGGAUAAGAGGCCAAGGGGCAGAAUUAAGCACUCUGUACCACAUUAAAGCCCGGAUGAUGUGGACAUUAAUGAAUUAUGAUUUUUAUAGAACUCAAGGGACAUUGCAAGCCUGUGAUGCUCAGGACUCGAAAGUAUGGAGAAGAAAAAUGGCAGAUUUUGCCUUUAUCUCAUAAUUUAUUCUCUCGCUGUCAUUUUUUUUUCUUUUUUAAUCCCUCGUAAAGGUUGUCAACCUUUAAAUCAUGAGGGGGUGUUGGUUUACAGUUUGCACAGUGGCCACAUGGUGGCACUGCCACUCUUUUACAGGAACCGUGUGGUACAAAUUGUUUGCUCUCCUUUGCAGGGUAAAGCGUUUACAGCUACAACCUUGCCUAAGUCCAGAUCAUGAAGAAACUUUUAAUUUAUGAACUAGUCCUUAGAAACUGGCAUUAAAACAUAGUCAGACCUUGUUAUUGCCAGUGCUUUUUUUUUUUAAUGGCAGCUGCAGAUUAUUACAG